AUGGGGAAGGUGCUAUCCAAAAUCUUCGGGAACAAGGAAAUGCGGAUCCUCAUGUUGGGCCUGGACGCGGCCGGCAAGACCACAAUCCUGUACAAGUUGAAGCUGGGCCAGUCGGUGACCACCAUCCCCACCGUGGGCUUCAACGUGGAGACGGUGACUUACAAAAACGUCAAGUUCAACGUGUGGGAUGUGGGAGGCCAGGACAAGAUCCGGCCGCUCUGGCGGCACUACUACACCGGGACCCAGGGUCUGAUCUUCGUGGUGGACUGCGCCGACCGCGACCGCAUCGACGAGGCCCGCCAGGAGCUGCACCGCAUUAUCAAUGACCGGGAGAUGAGGGACGCCAUAAUCCUCAUCUUCGCCAACAAGCAGGACCUGCCCGAUGCCAUGAAACCCCAUGAGAUCCAGGAGAAACUGGGCCUGACCCGGAUUCGGGACAGGAACUGGUAUGUGCAGCCCUCCUGUGCCACCUCAGGGGACGGACUCUAUGAGGGGCUCACAUGGUUAACCUCUAACUACAAGUCCUAAUGAGCAUUCUCCACCCAGCCCCCGGAAGGAGAGAAAUCAAAAACCCAUUCAUAGGAUUAUCGCCACCAUCACCUCUUUCAAUCGCCACUUUCUCUUCUUUUGAAUUUGAACUCUGGAGUUACAGUUCUACGGUUUAGGGAGGGGGGGUUGGGGUUUUUCUUUUUUUGUUUGCUUUUUUUUUUUUCUUUUCUUUAUUCCGCUUUGCGUUAGGAUGCUCUGAUUUGACGUUUGACAUGAACACAAAGUGCUAGGUGCUCUUGUUGACUUCCAGCAAAUGGGGUGGGGGAAAUACAGCAGUUCUUGGUAAAGUCCUUUAUAAUAAUGGUUUGAUUUUUUUAUUUCUAGAGAAUCUUUUUCCCCCCCAAAUGUAUGCUUUUUUCCUUUUUUUUUUUAUCCAGUUUCCUUAUCACUUGCUGUAGAUGGCUUAUUUUGCAUUCAUGCAGACUAUGUUGCAAGUCUGUUUCAUCUAGUAAACUGAAAAUUAUUGCUUAAUCAAACUGCCGUUUGUCUUUUAUAUUUAAGGCUCCCCCCCUUAUGAAUUCUAACUUAGUAAUUUCAAAUGUGACCUAAGACCAGUAUAAGUAAACUUAGCCCACAGUGGCAAAUAAUGAGUAAUAUCAUUGUAAUAUGUUCCAGUUGCACAUCAGUAUGUUAAACAGGUAAUGUAAGAACUUAUUUGAAAUGUCAGCUAUUAACUCCUAAGACAUACAUCAUGCAUGAGUAGGAAUAAAACCCAGGGUCGUCAUAACAUAGCAAACUUAACACUGCAAAAAAUAUGAAAGUAUAACCCGCCAAGGACAUGAGGUUUUUUUUCACUGCAAAGUUAGCAACUUUUCCUUUUUUUAACAUCAAAAAUAGACUCCUUCCAGAAAAUGGAGCAAUAAUGGUGUGUGCCACACACAGAUAUCUGUAGAUAUUUUAAGCGACUUUUGGGCAAAACUGGAAUACUUAUACAUUGUUUCAAGUGUCUUAAGAGCAGUAGUAUUAAAGUUACUGAAACAUUAGUUUGUUCAUUAAUAAAGCAUUUAAUGAUUCAAGUUAUAUGCACCUUUUACCUAGAUGGAAAAAUACACAUUCCUGUUUUCACAUUACUGCAACUGACUAAGCUGAAGAUAUAUCAUUUUUUAUAGAUGAGUGAUCCACAUCUCCUUUAAUUAGAACACUGGAAAAGAUGUUUUAUAAAAAAGAUAUUUAAUUUUGUUUGAUUGUGGGAUUAACUCGUGCAAAUAGUAAGACAACCUGUUGGUUCAAUAGUACACUGUCUCCUUUAAGAAAGGCAAUGUGAUGAAUGAAUGUUGGAUGUGUAGACUUAAGGGAUGACAAAGGGGAAGUGGGCUGAAGAGAGAACCUACAGAUGACAAUGAAUGUAAACUUAUUUUUCUUCAAGGGUAAGCAGUGUGCUCACUGGUGAUAUCCAGAUCCUAACAGAAUUACUUGGGUAGCAAGUUAGGACCAGUAGCUAGAUUGAGACCACUAUGGUAGUAUUUUGAACCAAAUGUUAAUGCUUGAUACAGAGUUGUGAAGCACCAUCUGGUUCUUAUAUAGCCUUAAGGAUUAAUUUUAGUGAUCCUCAAGGAAUUAAACUUAGGGAAUUUCAGAAAUGUAGACUGCAAAGGCAGUAUACAGGAAAAAGUGGAGUGGGUUUCGUUUAUGAGGGUGUCUGAAAACAAAACUGAGCGGGAUAUCAUGGUAUAGUUGGACAGUAUUGGUCCUUCAUGCUUUGGCCAUAUUGUAUAAUGGAGCUUUUACCAAAGAUAUCUGAGAAUCAUAAGGCUAUUUUAAAAAAAAAAUCAACCAUUCAAAGUAAAACUCUUGACAAAGCAUUUUUCUUCAAGCAGAUGAGAAAAGGUGCUAUGUUGUAGGCUCCGGCUGGUACAAAGGGAUUUUUGAGUUCAAGAUGCAACUAAAGUAUAAAGUAGUCAGUUUCACUUUAGUGAAAGUAUCUCUAAAAAUGAAGCUGAUCAAACACAUCCUAAGAACAUUAUGGUUGCUUUUUAGAAUCUCCAAAGCUCCACCAUAAAUAUAAUUCUUAGUGUUUUAAAUGAUCACAUUUAAGGUACAUAAACAUGGGCUAUACAGAUAUAAAUGCUAUAGUAACAUCCUGAAACAAAACAAGCACAAAGGUAUAAAUGCCUAAACUGGAGGAAACUUGAAACCCUCAUGUUAAUUCUUAAAUGUAGUAUUUCUAACUUUUGACAGAUUUGGUAGGCAGCCAUCUUUUUGUGUCUUAAAAUAACUGGGGGCAUAGUUAAAGUUUUAUACAUCAAGUGAUUGCUAUUAUGGAAUGUUGCAGGUGAGAUGUUAUUUUUAGUUUAUUUGAAAUGUCUAACUGAAUGGGGGGAGGGAGGGAAGCAAAUAUUUGAAAUCUGGAAGACCCUAGACCUUUUGGUAAAAAAUUGUAAUUUUCACAUUUUCUUUAAGAAUAUAAAAGGUUUAUAAUUGAUGUGGUUAAAUUGAACCAUAACUAUUGGUGAUUAUGGAGCAGGUAAUUAUAGCCUGCAGAAAAAGUUACAAUCUAAGAAUUUUAAAAAUAAGAUCCUGACAUUUUUGUUUAAUUGCAUCAAUUUCUGUAUUUAUGUGAAUUUAUAAUCAGUAAGUUUUGAAUGAGGUUAAUCUUGUCUAAUAUAAGUAAAUGAGUCUGUGAUCUCCCCAAACUAAAAAGUACAGUACUUGGAAUUGUGUUCUUUAUGGUUGUAGUGUUGGUAAAGCACUAAUAUUGCAGAAAAUAAAGGAAUUACACAGUGCA